AUGGCCUUACCAAUGCCGUUGGCGGCACGGGCCGCUGUUUCAAGCAGUGCCAGUAGUUUGGUGGGAGAGAGGGCGUCGUCUGACUCCAAGAACUUACCGUUGGUUCUGCCCGUGGCUCUGCCGUUAUCACAAGUGUGCGAAAGAUCUUGGCAGCCGGGCCAGUUCUUGGCCAAACAAGCUGUGCUGGAAUGGAGGAGCACAAGACAACCAAGAAGAGUUCAAGCCAAUCAAGAUCAGAAGGAUGCUGAAGAUGAGGCUUGCUCUUCAGCACAUAAGGAAUGGUCGGUUAAGAUGACAGUCCCCUUCUCAGAGCCACCAAUGGAUCAUCACCUGACCGCCAAUGCUACGAGAACCAGCUCUGUUGUGAUGCAGAGGACCAACCAUACCACUACCAUGGCUCAUGCUCAUCAUCAGGACGUUGUACCGUUGGUCAUGCGGUCACAAGCUGUGACUAACACCACGGAAGCUUCCCUGGCCACCACACUCCAUGACCUGUGGCUGCAACCAGAAGGGGGAUUGUUGCUGUGCGUCUUGUUGGGAGUCAUCUUCCUCUUGGGAUUGGCGGGAAUGGCCGGUUUGCUGAGACGACGACGCGUCUCUCGAGCCUGUCGAGAAUUGGAAGAGUUUCGAGCAUUCAAGCGGGAGCUCAUGAUGACCAACAACGCUAACAGCCAUAUGGCAUCGUCGUCAACGACAUCCAGUGUCUCGUCCUGCUCGUCACAUCAUCAUCAUCAUCAUUUGUAUAACAGUCGGUCCGAUGUCGUCACACGAAGGGCCGCACGAAACGCCGUAAGACCAACACAAGCGUGGACGGGAAGCAUCACGUAUACAUCCAGCAGGAGCCAAAGUGAAGACACGACCGUGUCGACAGUGGCACGGUCGUUGGGACUGUCGCCCACCAAUAAUAGCGACCGUCAACCCAGAGUAUUGCAGCGCUUUUCCUUGACCAGUUUUGAUCACCGAAUGAUGCAAGGAGCUUCCGAUGAAGAGUAUGAAGAAGAACAAGAAGAACCCAGACCUCUGUUUGACCUUACCAAGCCCUCUGUCGCUGCAGCAUCGUCCUCGUCGUCGACAUCGUCGUCCACAGAGUCACCAGGAGGAGUGGCGGUGAAAACGACUUCACUGGUCAGUCCGCCGGUGGUUGGGUCGCUCUUUGCCGGGAUUGCCGCCUCCACGGAUACAAAUAAUAAUGGUGUGUUCCGAACCGUCAAGGAUGGGUCGGUUCAAAAGCUCAUUGUGGAUUUGCCCCCCGUCAUUGGAGAAGAAGCCACGAGGGAUUCGCUAUCCAUGUCAUCGGACCAUGACGAUGAUGACGAGGCAUGGUUUGCGGAUGCCAUGGAUGACGAAUCGUUUCACUCCGUGUUCAUGCCACCGGGAUCCACAGCGGAUGCCGUGCUUCUUUCCGUGCAAUCGGAUCUGUCAGAUUAUGAAGGUGAUGGUGACAUGUUUGACGAAUACGAAGAUUGCAGCUACGAGCAGGACGACGAUGAAGAUGGUUCUUCUUCUACAUCGAGUAGUGGCGAGUCUGACUCGGACUCUGACGAACAGAGUAGAGAGUCUUCCACGUUGCAAGUCUUCUGGGCACGACCCAGUAACUUUUCGCUCCCACCACCAUACCAAGAAGUUGUGGCCGUCAAGAGUCUUGGAGAACUUGCGAUCGUCAAGAGCCCGCCGUCAUCACCAUUGGGAUCUGCGCGAAAGAUGGUCGAUGGCGUCCUGUUGUCUCCGGAUCAACAAGUGGCAGUCGUGAAUCGAUCCUUUUCGCCACGCCAAGACGGUACUCCCAACAUUGUGCAGUUUGCAGUAGAUGUUACCCCGCCUUUGUCACUACCAAGGAAGAAUUCACGCGGAUCUCUCUGUUCCAUGGCAUCCUUGGCAUCAGUGGUUACCAACUGCGAAGUGGAGGUAGACGGCGAAGGUAUGGUUGUUGCGACAUCACCACGCAAACUCGCCAGACGGUCCAGUCAGAGGUUGUCCAUGUCGUCGUCGCAUAACGAUCUCAGCGCAUCUUUUCAUCAGACUGUCGAGACACUGCUUCAGUCACUCAUGCUCUCUGAUUCGGAAGAUGAUGAUACAGAAGCCGGUGACAACGACAGUGAUGAUGAGAGUCUUGACGGAGUUGGUCAUUUUGGAUACGAUAUGGCAAUGGGUGGCAGUGGCCACGGCUUGGGGCUGGGUGAUGAAGAUGAUCAGCAGAUUGUGUUGGGAGAACGACGAAAUCAUGAAGAGCAUCAAGUACCAACCCAGCCGGUUUCCGAUUGGAGGUCUGCAAUUGUACCCGCGGACAAACUGGAACCACCAAGGCGACGACAACAGAAACGAGGUAGUAGUCGACGCCGUUUGUCCAUUGAGGAGUCUAGCGCCACCCAUGGAUUGGUGCCGGCAUCGCCCAUGCAUCAAGAUCGACGGUUGUCUUCCUCCGAGUCUUCGUUGGUGGCCACAAUGAUCUCUCAAGCGCUCUCUCCCGCUUUCAAAACGCCUGAUCAACGGUCCAAGCGUCGAGUCUCCCGUCAUGAACAACCAAAGUCCUCAUCGGAACGUCGGUUGUCGCUGCCUACUGAUACUGCCUUGGUGUCUAAGCAGCGACGAGUUUCCUUCCACCCAGAUGAGCAGCAUCACUUUGAGGAAGAUGCAAUGGUCGUCAGGCGAUUAUUUGUUGAAGGAGACCAGGAAGGCGAAGGAGAUGUUGAUUCGCCGCCUGGAACUCCGCCCGAAGCUUACAUGAAUGAGUCAAGCACACCAGACAAGAAGUCUAAGCUCAACAAAAGGACGUCUCCAACGAGUGUUCGAGCGUUGCUGCUGGAGGAUGGUGUCAGUCAAGUCGAAUGUUCUGACGCGCCCGUACAAAAUGUGUUUGUGGGCGAGAUGAACGGAGUACCAGAGGGACGAAUGGACAGCUUGGAGGACUCUCUCCAUGGCGAUUCAUUGAGGAGCCAGUCGCUUAGAAGACGAUCAUCAAGGUUUUCAGCAAGGUUCUCCGCUUUGUUCUCGGCGUCGAUGUCCACUCUCAAAACGGACACUGAUAUGAAUGGUUACUCUCAGUCUUUGCUGGAUCUGAACGAGGACGAAGAGUUCGUUCAUGAUGCGGUUGGCAACGAAAAAGAGUCCGGAAGACCGGUGAUUGCCAAUAUCGACAUGGUGGAGCGACACUGCACAAGCGAUAGUCACAGACGAAAGCUGAAGAAUGCACGCCUUGUGGUUAGAGUCGUACUUGGUGCCCAUCGCAAGGACUACAAGACGUCUAAGGCUUGUUUUCAAGCUAUUGAUACUGUCACGGCUUUUCGCAAGGAAAUAUACCAAGCGGUGCUUGAAAUGUCCAAAGGUGGGCAAGUUUUGGCUGACCUGAGGUCAUGUUGGCAACAGCUCUGGCGACAAGGGGAUAGUGGUGCCGCGGUCUUUCCGGCCUUGCCAAAAGACCCAAGGACUGUGGAUAACUAUGAGUACUCCAUGCUAUUGCUCCGAAAGAUCUACACGAUGCUGUAUCCAGAAGCAACUCCCGCGAGCAAACCCAACACAUACCCCUCGCACAGCGGGGAGCUCAUGAGCUCGCAUGGGCCAGAGGAGAACAUGACUCUGUUCCUGGGUUCGAUCGGGGGACUGCCCGUCUCGUUGUCACUAAGUUCUUUCGACACAGACAGGACCAAGAGAACCAGAUUGACGCCCUACAAGAGCGACGAACGAUAUCCCUUAUCGCUGCAAGAUGCCAUGCGGGUUGUGCGUGCUGUUUUGGGUCCCUCUCACAAGCGAGUCUCUGGCCAGGACUGCUUACGGGCAAUCCAAAUGUAUGGUCUCUUGAAGAUCCAGUUUAAGCGCCUGUCGCAACAACUAGAGGAGCAGAGAGCAUUUGUUGCUGAGCUGAACUCAGAGCUCGAGCAAGUGGUGCAAGAUUUGCACAAAGUGACGUCCCGAGGAGACAACGACAAUCACUCUUGUGCGAUGAGGAUAACUAAACGGAAGAAUUUGCAUAGAGAUGGGGAAACCGGUCAUAUGAAGAAUGCUGAAAUGGGGAAAACGGUCACUUGUGACUACCCCAGUGAUGUCACACCCGAUGUUACACCGACAGAGCACCUCGUGCCAGGCCGUUUGUCAAAUUGGACGCUCGACCGCAUCGUUUACUAUCCCUUUGAAGAGGCUGAGUAG